GAGGAGGAGGAAGAGAGUUUCGAGGGAUUUGACAGUCCGGUGCAGACUUCAGUCAGUGUGCGCUGCUCUGCGGAACCAGCGCGACGUACAUGCGCACGCUCGGACGGACGCACGUACGACCACCAGGCAGCCCGCUGAGAUGGAUGUCAUCCCCAUGUGCAGCAUCUUCCAGGAGCUCCAGAUCGUGCACGACACCGGAUACUUUUCCGCCUUACCGUCCCUGGAGGAGUACUGGCAGCAGACAUGCUUGGAGCUGGAGCGCUACCUCCAGGCCGAGCCGUACGUGUCGGCAUCCGAGCUGAAGUUUGAGGGCCAGGAGGACCUGUGGAGCAAACUGAUGCUGGCGUGCGGCGACAAGGCGGCCGACCCCAAGCUGGCCAAGGAGGACGAGGACCCCCCGGAAAGCCAGGACGCCGCCAACUGCUGCUUCCACUCAGACGCUAGCAGCGAGGCGUCGGACAGCUCCGAGGAACUGUCGCCCGCCCUCGACUUCCCUGCCGGCUCGCUGGCGGACCUCCUGGGAGACGGCCCCGAGGACCUGAGCGCCACCUGCGCCGCCGCCGUCAUCAUCGGGACGCCGCCCUCUUCGCCCGAGCUGGGCAAGGAGGGCCCGGCUGGGGCACAGGCGUGGGGCGCCGGACACCCGGUGGGGAAAGGCAGGAUGGGCGGCAGCAUCGGGGCGGAGAGGGCAGCGGGGCUUGCCAGCGGGGAAGCGUCCCCCGACGGCAGGAGGCGAGUGCACAGGUGUCUCUUCAACGGAUGCAGGAAGGUGUACACAAAGAGCUCGCACCUCAAGGCGCACCAGCGCACCCACACAGGCGAGAAGCCGUACAGAUGCUCGUGGGAAGGCUGCGAGUGGCGUUUCGCGCGGAGCGACGAGCUGACGCGCCACUUCAGGAAGCACACCGGAGCCAAGCCAUUCAAGUGCAGCCACUGUGACAGGUGUUUUUCUCGCUCUGACCACCUGGCUCUGCACAUGAAGCGGCACAUCUAAGGCGGGUGUCUGCGGCGUGGAAGGCCCUGCGGGAUGAAUCGGGCGGAUGUUUCCUGACCUGUGUGGCAUCAGUGAGGCCGGUGCGGCGUGUCGACAGCGUACCGCGCUGGCAGGCGGCAGUCCGGUCAGUGGAAAAAAGCAGUAGGAAACGCAGGCUCUCAUUUUGCACCGUACUCAGUGCCUCCGAUACCUUGCUGUGCUGGAGCAGGAACGUUCCGGAAAGUUCCGUAAAGGACGGGAACUCAUGUAUGGUGUUUGACGCUUUUUUUACGGCCCUGCCUGGAGGAUUUUGGGACUGUAGAGGGGGGGCAGCGGAGUGUUCGGACUGCGGGUGCCCGGGCUGGUUUGCUGUAGUAGUGCGGCGUGCAUGGUGGACAAAUGCCGUCUUUUUGUCUCCGAGUGAAUGAAAAGAAAGCCUGGAGAGCAGAGGAGGGCUUCUUUGUUUGUUUAUGCACCCUCCAGAGGCCUGGAGGUAGAUUUACAGCUCCCUGCUUAUUUUUAGAAAACGAAAAAAAUAGAAGAAAAAAGAAGAGGGGAGGGAUGAGGUUUUUUUUGGUGCAGCUAAUAAAUGUGCAAUGUAUGACGUAGCCUGUCUAAAAACAUACAUGCGAGAAAGCUCAUUUUGUUGUUUGUUAAGCAAGAGAGAUGAUAAAAAACAAUGAACACCAACAGUCGGAGGUGGCGAAAAGAGUGUAAGGGACACGCUGGAAAGAAAAAAAAAUAUGUAUCUUUAAUCUCCUAAAUUGAAUGUGGCAAUUUUCUGAUUCGCUUUUUCAACAAAAUCCGACUUUUGCCUUGAACAAAAUCUGACUUUAUUGACCCCCAAAAAUCUGACUUUAAUCUUGUAAUAUAUAACAUUUUUUUCUCAAAAGAAAUUCGCUAUAGUCUUGUGAUAACUGGAUUUCUUUCUCAAUAGAGUCCAACCUCAAUCCAAGUAGUAUAUUCUGAUUUUAAUGAUUGAAAAAAAAUGUCAUUCUUUUAAUAUUAGAACGUUAUUCUAAAAAAUCGAUCACAUAAAUCUUGUCAUUUUACAACUUUUUUUAAAAAAGAAAUCUAACUUUAAUGUUUUAUUUUUCUGACUUUUCUUGAAAAAACUGACUUUAGUCUUGGAUUAUUUAGACUUUAGCCUUUAUUCUCAUAAUUUUAUGCACUUUUCUUGACUAAAUGACUUUUGUUUCUUUUGUUUUGAAAAAAUUGUUCUUCUUAGAAAACAUUGACGAUAAUGUAAGACUUUGUCCCUGUAAGAUUUUGACUUUUUUUUUUUUUUUAAAUGUAUAAAUAUUUACAGAUUUGUAAAUUUGUUUUUUUCCUUGCACAACUUUUUCUAAAAAAGUAGUACUAAAAUAUUUGGUUCAAAUUCUUGUUUUUUUCUUUCCAGGGUUUCCAUGGGGCCAUUUUUUAAAACAUGUUCUUUGAACCGGAAAUAUUUGUCAUGGUUUUGUCCGUUUGUUUACGUGAAAAUACAUUACGGUAAUGCUCCUCAAAAGAUUCACAUCGCCAACUAGUGUAAUGGGGUGGACAUUGCAACGCGCGUGUUCACUGGUUUUCGCCGGUGCACAUCUGAAAUGCGGAUGUGGAUGUCAUAUAAAAGUGUGUGUGUUUGCAUGAGCGUAGGGGGGUGUGUUCGCAUUUGUUGUGCUUCAAAGGAUGAAGUUGUUCGAGAGCAGCUACCUUCAUAUUGCUAUUGUAGAAAAACAUAAGACAUAUGCUUUCUUCUUAUUAGUUUUCCUUGGGAAUACCACUAAUAAUAGUGCUUUGAAGGCAAGUUGCCUUCACUUUUUCUUCGGCUUGUAUGUGUAAAAACAAAAAAGAGAGAAAAAAGUGCACUGUUGACCUUACUGAUGCCUUAUGCAAGUGGCCUUGUCCUCCUCAAUAUACAGACGCGCACACACACACGUACACACACACACAUAUGCAGUUAUUGAAAAAGCUUUACAGACGCUCAUUUCCUCUCCACCCCCCACCACAAUAAAACAACUGUAUCCACUCCGGAAAGACAAGACAGAAAUUUUCUUUUUUUUUUUUUUUUCUCAACCUUGGUCGACGGGAAUGUCUCGCACUUGUGCUUUACUACUGUGUAGUAAACCUUCUGCUCAAAAUAUGGAGUACUUUCAAAAUGGUAAGGUUAAAAUUACAAAUGAGCAAAUCAAUUGGACUUUUUCCCUUGUUAAAUUUUGACUUUAAUCUUGUAAUACUGCAUUUUUUUCUUCUUUAAUCUUUAAAUUUUAAGACGUCAUCUCUCUAGAUCAUAUUUUAAAAUGUUUUUCUUUAAAAAAAAGACUCACCCCCUAAUAUUACAAGCUUGUCGUCAAUUAAUGCAGUUUUAAUCUUAGAAUUUAUGGCCUUUUUUCUAAAAAAAUAAGAAUAAAAAAUUAAAAAAUCCUACUUUAAUCUAAUUUUAUUAGGAUGGAUUUUUCUCCGAAAACACUUUGAUCUUGUAUAUUUCUUUUAAAGAAACAAUAUGACUUAAAACAGACAAAACACAACAUAAAUCUAGUAAUAUUAAAAAAAUAUAUAGAAUAAUUUUUUAUGUUGUCAACUACAACUCUUUUUCCUGAAAAAUUACAUCUUAUUUCAUGCAAUAUUUACAGUAACAUUAUUUUCUACAAAAAAAAAUACAAAUUUAAUCUCAUAAAAGAGCAACUUUUCUGUGCUUUGAAAAAAUGACUUUUUUUUCUGCUCACCUUAAAAAAAACAUUCUUACUAAUUUAAUGCAAUGCUUAAAUUUUUUUCUCCCAAAAAAAAUACAAAUUGAAUCUCAUAAGAUUGCAACUUUUCUCUGCUAUGAAAAGAUAUGACAUUCAUAUCAUUUUUUUCUGCUCACCUUAAAAAAAACAUUCCGACUACGUGACAAUCUCUUGAAAACGCUCUUUCUGGACGACUCACUCCUCACGUGCAGAUGCUAGCGAAACCUGUUCGACCGGUUUCUCGUUGCGUGACUGUUUGAAUGAUGAUUGAUGCCGUUUAGCUCCUAUCGCUCACGUAAAUGAAAUACAGACUACAUAAACUUUAAUUUUGUAAUUUUCAGACUUUUCUUCUUGGAAAAAAAAAAACAUUAUUUCAUAACGACAACUUUUUUCUAGAAGACACAACUUCAAUGUGGUAAUAUAUUACGUUUGGUAACACAAUUUUGAUCGAAAUUGACAUUUAAAAAAAAGCAAAAAACAACAACUCACAUAAUAAUACAACUUUUUUCUAUAUUCUAAACACUAUUUUAUUUUUCAUGUUUUAAAUUAUGCCUUUUUCCCCUCUCUUGUUUCUGACUUUUUCCUCUCAAGACCGGGAAUUUGAAUCUCAUAAUACUGCGUUUUUUUUGGGGGGGUAAAUUUUAUAUAUAUAUAUAUAUAUAUAUAUAUAUAUAUAUAUAUACAUACAUGACUGAUCAUGCAAUUUCCUGCCUUUUUAAUAAAAAAAAAUGAUUUACAUCUUUUAAGAUUAAAACCUCUUUUUAAGGGAAAAAUUCCACCUUUAAUCUUGUAAUUUUCCAACUUUAUCUCUAAAAAUAAAUCAUAAAUCUCACAAUAUUAUGACUUUUUUUCCCUAACGAUCCAACUUGAAUCUUAUUUUCUUAUUUUUAUUCUAGAAAAAGUAUGACUCAAAUCUCGCAAUGUUAUGGCUUCUUUCUAGAAAGAAAUCAAGCUUUAUUUUGUAAUUAUCUGUAUUCUAGAAAAAUAUUAGUUCAAUCAUGUAAUAUUGUGAUUUGGAAACACAUGCACCUGUAAUCUCAUAAUUUUCCAUCUUUUUAGAAGAAAAAUGACUUAAACCUUCUAAGACUAUUACUUUUACUCCUCUAAAAAAUAUGAUUUUUCUGACUUUUUGGGUCAAAAAGUACAACUUCAAUCUUGGAAUAUUCCAAUUUGUUCGUAGAAAAAAAAAUUACAUGAAUCUUGCCAUGUAAACGCCCCCCCCCCCCCCAAGAAAAAAAAAAAGAAAAAAUCCAUCUUGAAUCGGGAGUUGACUGCAGAUUGGCGAAGACAUUUCGCUCAUAUGGUGACAAAGACAUGACUUGUUGUAACCCAACAAGCGUACGACUCAUCCUUAACAACACGAGGGCGGCCAUUGUUCUUUGUUUUCUUCCUUUGUUUUUUUUCCACUCAGAGAGGUUGACAAAGCAAAAAGUGUUUUUGUUGCAGAAAUUUUCUAAGAAGGCCCUUAUUUCAACUGGGGACCAAGUAAAACCCAUGUGGGUGUUGUUUAAAAAUAUAUAUAAAAAAUUAUAAAUAAAUUGUUCAAAUGUUUUUUUUGCAAAUACACAAGUAUUAUUUGAUUUUAUUUUUUUAUUUGCCACGUGACUUGUUUGGAUGCUCAAAUGUGAUGCUUUGUUUUUAUUUAGUUUUGUAAAAUGCUCAAUAUGUGUAUGAAUGUAUUUUUUAUGGGAAGGUGGAUAAAAAAACUUUUAUUGGA